AUAUUGUAAAUGCAAAACAAUUAAAAUAUUCCUUAAAAUGCAAAUGAACAUUGUCCAGGAGCUAAUUCUGAUUAAGCGGGGAAAAGUGAUGCAUGUGCUGGUUGUCCAAAUCAAUAACUUUGCUCAUCUGGUGGUGGAAAAUAAGUAUUAGGUAAUAAGCAUAUAUAUAUUCUUAGAUAAUUCUGAAAUAAUAGCAAACUUAAAAUAAGUGAAACAUAAAAUACUAGUAUUAUCAGGAAAAGGAGGAGUAGGUAAGAGUACGGUAUCUUCAUAAUUGGCUCAUAUUCUUGCAUCCAAAGGAUUUGAUGUAGGUUUAUUAGAUAUUGAUAUAUGCGGACCAAGUAUACCAAGGAUGAUGGGUUUGGAAACAAGUGAAGUUCAUUCUAGUAACAAUGGUUGGCAACCUAUUUAUAUAAAUGAAAACUUGGGAGUGAUGUCUAUUGGAUUUUUGAUUGAUAACAAAGAUGAAGCUAUUAUUUGGAGAGGACCAAGAAAGAAUGGACUUAUUAAAUAAUUUUUAACAGAUGUUGCCUGGGGAGAAUUAGAUUUCUUAAUUAUUGAUAGUAAUUUCUAAAAUCAUUUAUAUUAGCUCCUCCUGGAACUUCAGAUGAACAUAUCUCCAUUGUAUAAUACCUAAAUCUCACUCCUAAUGAUGGAGCAGUUAUUGUUACAACUCCUUAAGAAGUUUCAUUAUCUGAUGUAAGAAAAGAGAUUAGUUUUUGUAUUAAAACUAAAACAAACAUUCUUGGAGUUGUUGAAAAUAUGAGUGGUUUUGUAUGUCCUAAUUGUUCUCAUCAUACUGAUAUAUUUCAUCCAACGACAGGAGGAGGUUUAUAAUUAUGUAAAUAAUAUAACCUACAACUUCUUGGCAAAAUACCACUUGAACCAAAAGUAUUAUUAUCAGCUGAAAAAGGUAAAUGCAUUUAUGAAACUGCUCCUGACUCUAUUGCUGCUUAAACAUAUACCUAAAUUGUUAAUUGUAAACUUAUAAUAUUAAAUUUAGCAUUGUUGGAAACAUUAAAUGAAUAACCAAAGUCAUGAUUAAUAUUAUAAAUAUAUGCAAACACGUU